AGAUUGAGGAAAAUCAGCAAAGAGAGGAGGAAGAGAACUAUCUAAGGAGGAGGGGAGCAGGAAUUUGGUUUCUCUGUUGUGAAUGUGCACGUGUCCUCAGACAGUGUGAUUGAGGAGAGAGGCGGGACUUCGCUGUGUUUUGGGGCAGACCUAUGCUUCACAUACCAAUGAUGGAGGGGAGGAGGAUGGCUGCAGCACUGCUGGUGUUAUUCCUGGGACACUUUGUCAGUGCACUGGAGGUCCCACUAGACCUUCUGGAAGGAUUGCCGCAGCCACCGACCAUAACUCACCAGUCCCCUAAGGAUUACAUCAUCGACCCACGAGAGAACAUUAUCAUCCACUGUGAGGCAAAGGGGAAGCCUCAUCCCAGUUUCUCCUGGACCAGAAAUGGAACCCACUUUGACAUCGACCAGGAACCCAACAUCAUCAUGAGGCCUAAUUCGGGAACCCUGGUGGUGGACAUCAGUGGAGAGAAGGCCGAGCAUUAUGAGGGCGUGUACCAGUGUACAGCCAGGAAUGAACACGGGACUGCCAUGUCCAACAACAUAGUCAUACGACAGUCCAGGUCCCCCUUGUGGUCGAAGGAGAGAAAUGAGCCAAUCGUUGUACAGGAGGGUGUAUCCUUGGUGCUUGAGUGUCGACCCCCAGCUGGUCUGCCGCCUCCCAUCAUAUUCUGGAUGGACAACAACUUCCAGAGACUGCCUCAGAGCAGGAGGGUGUCUCAGGCCCUCAAUGGAGAUCUCUACUUCUCCAACGUCCUGAAGGAGGACUCCAGGAACGACUACAUUUGCUACGCUCGCUUCCCACACACACAGACCAUCCAGCAGAAACAGCCCAUCACUGUCAAGGUCCUCAACCUGGAUGCAAUCAAUGAGACAAUGGCAGCUUUAUACAAUGACACUGAUUUAUUUAGUGAAGCGCCCGCAGAUGAUAGGAAGCCAUCCUUCCUCAUCCCAUCUGGCCCUUCCAGCUCCAAGAUGGUUUUGAGAGGCCAGGUUCUGGAGAUGGAGUGCAUUGCUGAAGGACUGCCUACCCCCGAGAUCUCCUGGACCAAAGUGAGCGGCGAUCUCCCAGCAAAGCGUACAUCCUUCCUGCACUACCAGAAGACACUGCGUAUUGUGAACGUGUUGGAGUCAGACGCUGGAGAGUACCGCUGCACAGCCAGAAAUCGGCUUGGCUCUGUCCACCACACCAUCCGCGUCACAGUCAACGCCUCUCCAUACUGGAUCAGUGGCCCUCCCAGGAACCUUGUUCUGGCUCCUAGAGAGACUGGUGUACUGACCUGCAGGGCCAGUGGCAUACCCAAGCCCACCAUCACCUGGGCAAUGAAUGGUAUCCCCAUAGAGAAUUCCCCUAAGGAUCUAAGCAGGAAGGUGGAGGAUGACACCGUCAUCUUCACCGAUGUGCAAACCGGAUCAAGUGCCGUCUACCAGUGUAAUGUCUCCAACGAAUAUGGCUAUCUUCUGUCCAACGCCUUUGUCAAUGUUCUCUCUGAGCCACCGAGAGUGCUGACACCAGCCAACAAAGUCUACCAAGUCAUCAGAAACCACCGGGCAUUGAUAGACUGCUCCUCCUUUGGAUCACCCAUCCCUAAAAUUACAUGGUUCAAAGACAGUCGCUCCAGCACCUUAGAUGGUGACCCCUACAUCCUUCAUGACAAUGGGACUUUAGAGGUCCAUGUGGCUCAGGCCCACAAUAGCGGCAAAUACACCUGUGUGGCCAGGAACACCCUUGGUAUUUAUGAGAAUCAUGUCUACCUGGAGGUCAAAGAGCCCACCCGCAUCCUGAAGCAGCCUGAGUACAAGGUGGUGCAGAGGGGCAGGUCGGUGACCUUUGAGUGUAAGGUGAAACAUGACUCCACUCUCAUCCCCACAAUGACCUGGCUCAAAGAUGACGGAGAGCUUCCCGAUGAUGAGAGGUUCAUUGUAGACUCCGACAGCCUCACCAUCAACGAUGUUGUAGAGAAUGAUGAGGGGGUGUACACCUGUAUCAUGAACACCACCCUGGACCAUGAUUCAGCCAGCGCUGAACUCACUGUUGUUGAGGCCACACCAACACCAGCUGUUGUCUACGAGCGACCUGACCCCCCCACUGACCUCGAGCUGACUGACCCGAGAGAAAGAAGUGUUCAGCUCACUUGGACCCCUGGAGACGAACACAACAGUCCCAUUCAGAAAUUUCUGAUCCAGUAUGAGGACUCUCUCCACUUCCGUGGUGUCUGGCAUAACCUUACAGAGGUGCCGGGAACCAAAACUACAGCCCGCCUCAAGCUUUCACCAUACGUCCAUUACACCUUCAGAGUCUUGGCUAUCAAUGCUGUGGGCAUCAGCCACCCUAGCUUUCCUUCCAGGAUGUACAAGACAAAUCCCGCAGCACCAGAUGAGAACCCUGCAGGUGUACAGGGAUUUGGAACAGCAAGUGACAAUCUUGUAAUCACUUGGAAGCCUCUAACAGGCCUCCAGGCCAAUGGCCCAGGGCUGCAGUAUAAAGUGAUGUGGAGGCAGAAGGAAGUGGAUGAAGAGUGGGCCUCUGAGACUGUGGCUAACGUCUCUCAGUUUGUGGUAUCUGGAACGCCAACAUUUGUUCCAUAUGAGCUGAAAGUUCAGGCCCUGAAUGAGUAUGGUGCUGGACCAGAGCCCGCUGUUGCCCACGGCCACUCAGGGGAAGACUUACCAGUGGCAGCUCCAGAAAAUGUCCUGGUCAUGGUAGUAAACAGCACUCUGGCAGAGGUGCACUGGGAUCCUGUUCCAGUCAAGGCAAUUCGGGGACAUCUCAAGGGAUACAAGGUGUACUACGGGAGAGAGCGCAGCCUCCACAAGCACAACCCCCAUCAUGAGGAGAAGCAUAUCAUGACCUUCAGUGGAAACCACAGCCAUGGCAUGCUGCCUGGCCUGCACCCCUUCAGUCUCUAUUCAUUCCAUGUCAGGGUUUUUAAUGGCAAAGGAGAGGGCCCACCCAGCCCCAGCCAGCAGUUUGAGACUCCAGAGGGAGUCCCAGGGGCUCCAUCUUCUCUGAUAAUCACCAACCCCAACCUGGACUCUCUAACUCUUGAGUGGGCUGCCCCCCAUGACCGAAAUGGACGUCUCACUGGCUACGUCCUCAGAUAUCAGCCAGUCAAUAACUCCAAUGAACUGGGCCCAGUGAAGGAGUUGGCCUUGCCUGCCAAUGAGACCUCCAUCACAUUGCCCAACCUCAAGUACAGCACUCGCUACAAGUUUUAUUUGAAUGCAAAAACAGUCAGGGGAGCAGGCCCAGCCAUUUCACAGGAAGCUGUCACCAUCAUGGAUGAAGGGAGCACCCAACCCUCCCAUCCCAUCGCACGACCUCCUGCACACCAUCCACAUCACAAGGCGCGGCCUGUGACUCCAACUUUUUGGAACAUUACCACUUCGGUGGGAGAGGAUGGGGCCCUGAUCAGUUGGGAGUACUGGGGCCCGGAGAAAAAUGUUUAUGUUGAAUACAUAGUAGAAAACAGUGAAGGUGAAGAGGAGUGGCAGAAAGAGUUUGUGAACGGCUCUCAGAACUAUAUGCUGAAGGGCUUAAAGGAGGGCCUCUCCUAUAGGGUGCGUUUGGUGGCCAAAGGUCACUCCGACCAAGUGCCCCACCACUCCGACGAGCAAGUGGUCAAGGUCCCAGCUGUGGCUAGCAGACAGGUGGACAUCGCCACUCAGGGCUGGUUCAUUGGCCUCAUGUGUGCCAUUGCUCUCCUCAUCCUGAUCCUCCUUAUUAUCUGCUUCAUCCAGAGGAAUAAGGGUGGUAAAUACCCUGUGAAAGAAAAAGAAGACGCACAUACAGACCCAGAGUUCCAGCCCAUGAAAGACGAUGACUGUACUUUUGGGGAAUACAGUGACAAUGAGGACCAUAAACCGUUAAAAGGGAGCCGCACACCGUCCAAUGGGACGGUAAAGAGAGAUGACAGUGACGACAGUUUAGUUGGCUACGGGGAAGGAGGAGACGGACAAUUCAACGAGGAUGGCUCAUUUAUCGGCCAGUAUAGCGGAAAGAGUACCAGCAGGGACACUGCUGAGGGCCACGAAAGCUCAGAGGCCCCCUCCCCUAUUAAUGCCAUGAUUUCCUUGAACUCUUUUGUGUAGCUGGUCAGUCUCACAGACCAGUAGGAGGCACUGCACUGACGGCUCUACCCCCCCACCCGCCAACCAACCUCUAUUGACAGGGCAAUCCCAUCACUGCAUGGUUUUAUAAUCACAUCCAUCCCCAGUGUCAUGCAUGAUAUACUUUUACAAAGUGGCAACAAGUCUGGAGGAGUGUAUGUUGUCACGUGGAAAUGUUUACGGAGAGGUUUGGAAACGUGGCUCAUUAUAGCCCAAACAGCAUUUAUAUAGUAGCUGAACUGGACAUCUGAUUCUAAAAGUGCAUGAAAACUCUGAUAUGACCUGCAAUCCUUUAUUCAUUAACACUUUAAGAUAACAUUAUUUAACAUGCAUUGUUACCAGAAAUCUUUUAUGGACUAUACAGUGCGUGCCUGAACAAUAUUCUUUGUUUAUUGGUCAUAUUGCUUAUUAAGGUAAUAGAGUCAUCAGUAUCUAUUUCUCCAUGUAUUUUUCCAAGACAGAAACUUGUACAGGAAGCUGUAUUUAAUAAUGUAAUUCCAUCAUGUAUCUACAGUGCACAAAGGAGAUAAUGUACAGUGUCUAUAAGAAUAUGUAAACUGACUUUUGGAGCAGUGCACAUAGCAUACACAAGAUUUUGUCCAUUUCUGCAUUGCUACAUUCUCACCUGUCACCAGUCUGUCGAAUGCUACAAGCCCACCUGUGAUGGACGAAGCUGCAAUGCUGCAUGUCGCAUCAUUUUUCACAGCCCUGAUGACCUUUGCAUGUGACCGCCUCUGAUUGGUAGCACCUCACAUGAGCUUGAUCCACAGUAGGCCAGUGUGGGAGAGCCUUAGGGUGUAGCGGCUUGUGUGCAAGUCUUGGUUUUAUGUCUGGUGCUGGGUGGCCUUCAGCAAGUAGUGCCUUUUCUUCAGAACACUGAUUUACUUCCAGCAUGUUCACACACACACAGACACACACACACACACACACACACACACACCCACACACACAGACACACACACACACAAAGAAAAAACACUUCCCAGAGUUCAGUGACUGGAACAGAGACAGUACUAGGACUGGAGAAGUCGCACCCCGGGAUGGAUGUGUGGAAGAAGCUGGAGAAGAGGACUCUAUAAAGGGAGGAAUAAUUCAUGUCGUCAGCUUUUUUUUUACAGAAGCUUCCCAAUGCCUUGAGAUACGGGAUUAGCUUUGAUUCCACCAAGAAGCUAAAGCACACCCAUAUUGGAGCGGACUGAAACAUUGUUAAAACUUGUUCGGCGCAUUUUCAAAGUCUGCAUUCAUCUGUAAAAGUGUCUGAUUGUAUUUUAGCAGUGUAUGAAUGUAUGUAUCAUCUGUGUGUGUGUUUGUGUGUGCGUGUGUGUGCGUGCGUGUGUGUGUGUGUGUGUGUGUGUGUGUGUGUGUGUGUGUGUGUGUGUGUGCUGAUACAUUAAUAAAUUCCUUCUAGGCAAAAACUGUUCACUUGUACUAACUACACUUGAGGGCCUUUGGAUGGGAUCAAGAUUUCUUUUUUUUCUUAACUUGCAUCAAGUUUUAAGUUGUUUUUUUUUUUUUAAGAUAUGUAGAAUAUUUGUGGAAUUUGUAAAUACACCUUAAUUGACUGUACAGGGACAAGCAGUUUAUGAGGAGCUCAUAAGGCAGCCUAAGAGGCAAUAUUGUGCAUGAAAUGGUUUAACUUGUUGAUAGGGCUGUAUUAAAUAGACUGCUUUUAGAGCAUAUAUACAUACUUUCAUUUUUCUUGCUGUGCACAGUGUACAUUGUACUGUAACUAACUGAACAGAAAGUUGCAUAUGAGUUUGAAUUCUGAUGGUAUUCUUGAUUUGGAUGUCAGCAACGUUGUUUCUAGAGUUACAUCAUUUUGGUAUAAUAUGAUAAUAUGUCAGGUAUAAUCACAAUAACCCAUUGAUGUACAGAACUUUAUUAUUCUGAGUUGUGACGGUUGAAUAUACUGCCAAAAUCAUACUCUUUUGUGACAGUAUUGCAAAUGGUUUUGUAUUUAAGAGCAGAUUUGUACUAACAAAUACUUUCUCUUUCUUUAUCUCUCUAUUUAAGUUUCUUCAUUUAGUGCAAGAAUGAAAUUCAAGCAACUGGGAAUAUGAAUAUGAAUAAAUAAAUAUAAUUAUACACUUUAA